AUUCAGCAUAAGGGAAUUUCCCUUAAAGAAAGGGAGAACUUGACAGCUAUGCAACUGCUGCAUGUUAAUGUGAGAUUAAGAACAUAAGAACCCUGUUGAAUCACAUCAAAGGCCCACCUGACCCAGCAGGGGUGGUCCUCUGCAACAUUUGACCCCCUCAAGUUUCUGAACACUGGGCUUUGGGAAGGAGGUGUGAGGGCUCUGGCAGGGUCACACAGUCCUCCUGUCUCCUUCCCAAAGCCUGGUUAGCGCUUUCCCAGCUCUUUAUUGAAGAACUUCAGAAACAUGCCUAUGCAAGCUGUAAGGGAGAAUCAAAAAAAGUGUGAGACUGAAGAGAAGAUGUGUAAAGUUAAACUAGCCAAAAAAAAAAAAGAAAAAAGGCUGAGAUAUUUCCCCAUGUCACUGGUGCCAACAUGCACCACAACCACUAACAUCUACAACCUUUGCAUUAGGCAGGCAAUUUACCUUAUUUAAUGAAUGAAGUUCAGCCUAUGAAAGUAAAGACCCAGCAGGAUGACAUUUAGGUAGGUAGAAGCUUUUAGCAGGGAACUAAUGACGAGAGGAGGAGCAGCUGUUGAUAGCAGAAUAGUGAUGAAGUUCUUAGCGGCAUAAUCAAUGUCAGUGUCUACUGUACUCAUUUAAAAAUCUUCUCCAUCACUAGUUGUUUUUUAAAUGAGACUCAACUUUGAAAAAAAUUACUCUAACUGAAAAAGUAUAUUGAAGUUUCAAAUUGGUGGGCUGGUUCACAGAAGCCUUACAGCCAACAUGGAAAUUCAAACACACAUAAGACUUAAUUUAUAUAAGAAGAUGUGGAAACAAACUGCAGACUAAACUACUCCAACUGUAAUCUUUGCAUUAAUACUGAUUAGGUCAGUAUGUUUUGAUUGGGAAUUAUUGCUGCCUAAAAGACAUUGCUGUUAUUACUAGUGCAGUUUCCCUUAUUUUUGCUAGGUGGCCAGAUACAAGAGGCUCCUGCACCCUUAAUAGUUGUGCAGAAGAAUUUUCAACAGGUGUAAGCUUGUGUCUGCUAAAAUUCCACCCUACACAACUAUCCUGUCCUGUUUUUAACCCAGUUAUUCGUAAUAUACGCUUUCAAGAGGUAUUAACUGUUCUCUAACUAGAGACAACUACUAGUACCGUGUUUCUCCAAAAAUAAGACACCGUCUUAUAUUGAUUUCUCCUAAAAAAAAACACUGCUUAUUUUCAGGGGAUGUCUUAUUUUUUAUUAAGUUUAACCUACAAGGUUAAACUGCCUAUCACUAGGGCUUAUUUUCGGGGUAUGGCUUAUUUUCGGAGAAACUCAGUAGUAUGGUUAGUAGGAUUUUGUUCUACCGUAUGUUAGCAGUUUGUGUCUACUCCCAUAAGGCGGCAAUUUGUGCACACUUACAGCAGAAUCCUGUGUAGUUAGGUGUGCCUGAGACCACUGAAAUAAACAUGUUUAGGCAUGCUUAACUUUGCAUAGGGUGAUUGUGGACCUUGGAAGAAAGCCUACCAAACACAAUAGGCCAUUCUUAUAAGGCUGGUACUGAACCAGAAAAAAUGUUGCAGCAUUUGAUGUUUUGGCAGUUUCUUGGUCUUAAUUAGCUACUGGCAUGCUCCAGGAAGGUUAAUUUCUAAUGCUGCAACCCUAAGCAUACGGUUCUUGUUAAGGAGAUUACAUAGCCUGCACAUGUUCAGAGAUACAAUCUAUUAUUGAGAGCUAGUGAUGCAGCGGGUAAGUAUUCCUCAGCCAGCUUAGCCAACUGUCAAGGAGGGUGGGAAUUGUAGUCUGACAGCAUUUGGGAACCAAGGCUGAAAAAUAAGAGAACCGCAGAUAAAUAGGUCUGAAAUCCUCACUAAGCUACGAAGCUGUGUCUUUGGGUCAAUCACUUUCUAAGCCCAGUCUACUAGACUAGAAAUAUGACAUAUCCAGUACACACACAUCUCAGUAGGGAAGACUCGGGCAGGUAUUAUCCUCUGUGCGUUGUUUCCUACAAUCGCAGUGCUUUAUUUUUUCCUAGCCUUAGCGAAGACUGAGGUGCAUUUGGGGACACCACUGCAUUGCCAGGCUAACCCUGCCCUCUGCCGGUAGAGACCCCGGCGUCAUAGAUGAGGGUCAGGUGAGUCGCGCCACUUCCACCCGCUCCCGGGUCACACUGCAACCUCUUUGAUGUACGGAACGCUGGGGGAUCGGGAGCUCCCGUGUUGUGUUCAUUCGUUAUAUCUGAAGCAUGCGUGGUGUGAUCCAGGACCUUGGUUUUUAAAGAUACCGUACAUAAACACAAAUGGUCUUAUAAAAUACGCUGGAGGAAGGGGGUUGCCCAGCAGACUAGAUGAUCCGUGUCAGAGCAGUUAAAGAGGUCAGAGGGUUAAGACAGUUUCUGACUCUUUAGCCGCCCGCAGAGCUAAUAGAUCUCUGAAUGGAUGCUAUUUCACAGCCUUUCCCAGUAUGCUCUUCAACUGUCUACGGACUACAAGCACUCUGAACUUGGAACUACAUUUUCCGGCACGCUACAAAAGUAGUGGGCUAGGUUUACUCCGAGUCGGCGGACUACGUUACAGCAACCAGAGCGAGAGUGGGAGGUGACGUUUCCAACACGAUCGAGGGUUUCUCUGGCAUUCGUCCUGUUGCGCUUAUUUUGCUUUUUUUUCAGCGCCUCGGGACGAGUUCCGGCUUCCCGAAAGGCUUCACAUGGAGGCGCGAGGCAUGCUGGGAGCCGUAGUUCCUUUGCCUUGAGAGCGUGCCUCGCGCUGCUGGGGCGUGUCCUCAGGGGGCUAUAAAAGCAUCUGGAGGGUCGGUGGGCUGCGUUUCUCGGCUGAUUGUUGUCACUCCGUCGGGGUCUUGAGUUUCAGAAUGGCAGAAGAAUCUGCUGCUCCUUCUACUUCCGCUGACAAAACUGAGAGUAUGGAUGUGGAUGCAGAAGCCAAGAAAUGUCUCGGCUUGGGGCAGAAAAAUCUGGUAAUGGGAGAUAUUCCAGCUGCUGUUAAUGCAUUUCAGGAAGCUGCUUCUCUGUUGGCAAAUAAGUAUGGUGAAACUGGAAAUGAGUGUGCAGAAGCUUACUUUUUUUACGGGAAAUCACUUCUGGAAUUGGCAAGAAUGGAAAAUGGUGUGCUGGGAAAUGCCUUGGAAGGAGUGCAGGUGGAAGAGGAGGAAGAAAAAACAGAAGACUCAAUGGUAGAAAGUGCUGAUAAUAUAGAUGAAGAAGCAAGGGAGGAAUUAAGAGAGCAGGUAUAUAAUGCCAUGGGGGAAAAAGAUGAAUCCAGAAAAAAUCCUGAAGAGUCUCUGGUGCAUACAGGAGUGGAGAUGCAGCUGAAGGAUGUUGAAAUGGAAGAAGUUAAGGAAGAAGAAGUAGCUAAGGAAGAAAAAACAAAAGCAGCAGCUCUGGAUGGAGAAGAUACCACUGUUGUGGAGAAAAAGCAAGAGCAAGAGAAGGCAGAAAAGCAGGUAGAGGCAGCUAUGGAAGAACAAAACGUCGAUGAAGUAACUACUGAGGUAGCAUUAGAAGAUGGUGCUGCUAGGGAAGAGAAGCCAGUGGAUGCAGAAGGGACAGCUGGAGAAAAGAAGCCAGUGGUGGUAGAAGAGGCUAGGGAAGAUGCUGCUGUACACAGAGUGGUGGUUUCGGAAGAUGCAGCUGUGAAAAUUAAUCCAGUAAUAGAAGAGGCUGCAGAAGCAGCUGGGGGAGAUACUACUUUAGAAAAACAAGUGGCUGCAGGGGAAGCACCUGGGAAAGAGAAGGUAGUUGAGAUAGCAGCUCAAGAGAAGAGAGAAGAGGUAGAAAAGCAGGCAGACACAAUUGUAGAAAAUAAUCCAAUAGUAGAGGAAUUGGUAAAAGCUUCAGGUGAGUUAGAAAAAGUUGAGAAAGUUGAAGGCCAGGCAGAAAAAACAGAAGAACAGCCAGCCAAAGCUACUGCUGAGAAGACAGAGGACAUGAAGCCUGCCACAGAACAGGUGGUGGUGAACUUGAAAGAGAAGGAAGAAACAUUGGAUUCAAGAGAAGUAGAACCUUCAGCUCCAAAUGAAACCACUCCUUCAGGGAGCAUCAAGCAGUCACAUGAAAUGGAACCAGAAGAAAAAGCUGAAGUUGCUCCUAAGGUAGAAAAGGAAGAAGAAAAGGAUGACGAGAUGGGAGAGGGCGAAGAGAUGGAAGGAUCAGAAGAGGAAGAUAAAGUUGAAGAGGAUAAAGAAAAUGACUCCGCAGUUGAAGAGGAUAAAGAAAAUGACUCUGCAGUCGAAGAGGAUAAAGAAAAUGACUCUACGGUUGAAGAAAAGGAGAGUGAAGAAGACGAUGUUGGGAACUUAGAACUGGCUUGGGAUAUGCUGGAGUUAGCAAAAGUAAUAUACAAAAGACAGGACACGAAAGAAGCUCAGCUCCUUGUUGCUCAGGCUCACCUAAAACUAGGAGAAGUUAGCAUCGAAUCUGAAAACUACUCUCAAGCGAUAGAAGAGUUCCGUUCUUGCCUGGCUCUUCAGCAGAAGUACUUAGAGGCUCAUGACCGCUUGCUUGCAGAGACUCAUUAUCAUCUUGGGUUGGCCUUUCACUAUGAUAAUCAGUACGAUGAAGCAGUGUUGCAGUAUAGUAAAUCGUUGGAAGUCAUUGAUAAAAGAAUGGUGAUGUUGACUGAGCGACUAAAAGCAAAAGGGGAAGGAUCAGCUGAGGAUGAGAAGGAAAUUUUAGAACUCGAGGGACUGCUUCCUGAAAUUAAAGAGAAGAUAGAGGAUUCAAAGGAGUCUCAAAAGAGCGCAAGAAUAGCCCUGACUGUGAAAGCAACUUUGGUUGGUGGAUCUUCUUCUAGUUUUCCACAGGCAACUGAAAGCAAUCCGGCUUCAGCUAUCCCAGCUGGGCAAAAAACUGAUGGAGCUCCUCAGUGUAUUACAGACAUCUCCCAUCUUGUCAGAAAAAAGAGGAAACCCGAGGAAGAAACUCAACAGGGAGACAAUGAAGCUAAGAAAUCUAAACCAGAACCGGCUGUCAAUGGUGGUGGUGAUGCUACUCCCAGUGGAAAUGAGGUUGCAGAGAAAAAGGAAGAGGAGGCAGAGGAAAGGCCACAAGUUGAAACGGUUCAAAGUCCUGUAUGAUGCAGUUUUAAUAUUGGACACUCCCUCCCAAGGCCAGUGGGUUUUGUAUAUAAUGUAUUUUUUCACUUUUGGCAACUUUUGUAUUCAAUAAAGAUUACUCAAUCAUUUAA